AUGUCCUUUGUUGGCGUGUUGGACUCCAAUAGCCACAAGACCAUGUGGUCCAGAGCCGUAAUGUCGCUUGCGGCCAUCUCCGACCACAUCAAGUUCAUUAUAACUAAACAGUCACUUUCGCUUUCUGCGGUCAAUUCUGCAAAGACAUCUCAUGGAGAAAUCAUCUUCAACAGGAGCUUUUUUCACGACUACUAUGUGGAUUUCUCUGACAUACUUCCAGAAGGCUACGGGCAAGAGACUGACGAGCAGCUUAAUAAUGAUGGUGUAGACUCUGAUUCUGGUUCAUACUCUUUUCUUAUCAACUCCAAACAUUUAGCUACGUUGUUCAAAAACUUGGAUGCCAAUAAUUUGGACUACAUCUGCUUCAAAAUCUACUGGUCUGUUUCCGCUCCUGAGACGAUGAAAUACAAAUUUCUUAUUGAGAUCAAGACGAAGAAGCUCAUCAUUAAGAAAUACCAGACAAACUACCAGCCAGUCUUCAGAAACAAGGUUAAAGUAGCCCAGAUCUAUAGGCAAGAACUACAAAGUACUCAAGAGCAAGAAGAAAAUACUGGAUCUAUCGUCGAAAACAGAAUCAACCAUAUUCUGAUAGAGCAUAUCAUCCCCAAACAAUUUCUCGAUAUGAUCCCAGCAACGACUGAAGACUUCAAGAUUGACGUUAAGAACGAAAAGAUCCUGUUUAGCGGAUACACCAAACAAGUGUUGAAGGACAGAGAGUACUUGAAACAGCCGAUGUCGGUCACUAUCACCUUGAACUUGGACGAGCUCGUAAGCACAAAUCUCUCUCAGCUAAUGUCUGGCGAAGAGCCCAUGAAAAAAUGUAUAAACUACCGUUUGAAAGAUUUCCGCAACUUUCUCAACUUGAUAGGCUCAUUCUCAUCAACUUCAGUAAGCGAAGGCGAUGAGUAUAUAAACUUGAACAAAAUCGACAGCGGCGAGUCGUUUGAAAUACUCUUCAAGAACCCAGGUGAUCCUGUGCUUUUUGAAUCGCAAAAUAAUCCUCAUGUCUUCAUUCAGUUUAUUCAAUUAACAGCCAAGGACGAAAAUACGGAUGCAGAAACUACAAAUCGUGUAAGUACGGAAGAUCCACGAAAAGCAAAGAUGGCUUUAUCAUUGCUUGGACAUACUAUUCACCGAAUUGAAAGAGUAGAAGAACCAGUUAGUAGACCAAUAGCAGUAAGUCAGUUACCAGCUCCUUCUCAACCCCUCAAUAUUCCUAGAUUGCAUUCUAACCGUCCCUCCGGGAGACUUCCUGACACAAGAACAAGUGUAGUUGUUCCUAUCCACAGAACACCAGAGCCAAGUCAGAACAUCCCUUCAUCAAUGGAAGUGGAAGAUUUCGUAACCUACAGAAAGGAAUCAACUCCUCCUUCUGCCCGCAGAAAGAGAAGACUACAGGAAAUGUCGGAACCUAGUAGACCUACUCCAAGAAAGAACCAGAAAUCUGCUGUUGCUGAUGAUACUGAUUAUUCAGAUACUGAUGACGAAACGAAUAGAAAUGAAAACCAAAAUCAAGCCAGUGAGAAAGAGAUCUCAUACGGGCCUACCCAACUCAACAACAGACCCAAGUCGAUCUUUUGA